AUGAAUAAGGAAGAAGAACGUAUUAUGAGACUUUUCGAAGAAGCGUCGACGGGAAGCUCGAUACCAGAUCCAUUCAGUGUUAGUGAUGAUGGUCAGUAUGGAUCUGAUGGAGACUAUAAUCCUUGUAAUGAUAAAGUGAGUAGUGACAGCAGCAACAGUUCCGUAAAUAGAACUUCAAGAAGAAGUAAGUUAUGUAAUCGUCCUUCUAAUAGAUCUCAACCUGUAAAAACAGCUCCAUUGCAUAAUCGUACCUUAAGUUCGAGUUCGAGCUCAUCAUCGUCUGAUGUGGACAAAACCGAAUCUUUACAGACUCAUUAUGAUGAGUAUCUAGAUGUGACACUUACUGAAGAUGUUCCACGUAGUCAUGAUGAUUCUAUUACUUCAUGUGAAUCUGUGCAAUCGGAAUCAAUACUCCAGACUAAUACUACCCAACCGGUCGAAGAGCAACAGGAGCCUAAUUGUAGCUCAAAUAUAACAAUGCAAGACCCAGAACCAGGACCAAGCAAUAUAUCGGAGAGGCAUAACAGGCCCAUUACACCACCUGCUACUGUAAAUUGGGAACACACAACAUUAGAUAUCCCAGAAUUCAAUUUUGAUUCUACAUCAACAGGCGUCCAGUUUCAUAUUGAUGAAAAUACUUCGAUUCUCGAUGUAUUCGGACAGUUAUUUCCAUCUCAUAUUGUUAGUCAACUUAUCGAACAUACAAAUAAAUAUGGUGAGGCUCUAUGCAAUAAAAAUAGACCAAUGACAAGACAUAGUCGUAGAUACUCGUUCAGGAAAGUUGACGAAGAUGAAUUUUUUAAAUUUCUAGGACUGUGUUUAUUACAAGGACAAAUAUCUGUUCCUAAAAAACGAAAACUGUUUACCUAUUCAGACAUUCUGUAUUAUCAUCCAAUAUUUCCGUAUGUUAUGUCACAAAGAAGAUUCGAACAAAUACUAAGAUGUCUUUACGCUUCAGACUUAAAUGCUAAAGGAAGUGCUAAGAUCAGUAGUUUUAUAGAUAACAUGUGUCAAAUAUUUCAAAAUUGUUAUAAACCUGAAAAAGAGCUUUCAUUAGAUGAAUCUUUACUGUUGUUUAGGGGAAGAUUAAAGUUCAGACAGUACAUGAAAGGCAAAAAAGCUCGAUAUGGAAUAAAAUUUUACGAGUUGACGACUGCAGAAGGAUUUGUGGUCAAUAUAAUUAUGUAUACUGGGAAGACUGAUGAUCCUUCUGAUAAAGGAAAGAAAACUGAAAAUCUCGUUCUUCGGCUAAUGAGGCCGUAUAUGUUGAAAGGCCACCAUCUUUUCAUGGACAAUUAUUAUAAUUCAGUACCCUUGUCUGAAAAACUAUUAGAUUUAAAAACUCAUACCAAUGGAACUUUAAGAGCAAACAGGAAAGAUAAUCCUAAAGUAGUUGUCUCUAAAAAACUUAAAAAAGGACAUCAUGUUUGGGCGCGGAAAAAUAAAGUGUACGUGUCCAAAUGGGUCGACAAAAGACCUGUAUACAUGAUUACCACCUUAAACCAUCCUAAAAUAAUUAACGAUCAUAACAGAUACGGUGAAUCUAAAUCUAAACCGCUGGAAGUCUCAAUUUAUAAUAAAUAUAUGUCAGGGACCACUAAUGUAAAAAAUGAAGUUGAAGAACUAAAGCUUCGACUUCUGAAGCCACUAAAUUACGUGGAAGAAAAUAGUGGUAGUUAA